GUAGUGUUACGCACUAUAUAUAUUUUCUUUUUCUUUUUCUUUUAAAGGAAAUUUUGAAGUUGGCUUUGAAAGCAAGCACAAUUAAGAAUUCUUUAGUACUAUCUAUAUAUAUUCCCAUUCUGGAUUUCUUCACUUGUUUCUACCAACAUCAUACAUAUUAUUCCCAGUAAAUAAACAGUGCAAAGUUUUUGUUGUGAAGAGAAGAGAAGUUAGGAGGAUAUUCAAUAUGGCUGUUGAUUCUACUGCUUACCGUCCUCUCUUUGGUGGCGCUAUUUCCACUAUUUUCCCUAUUCGUUUCCAGGAUGUCAGUAAUGUGCGUCAAGUUCCUGAUCAUCAGGAGGUGUUUGUGGACCCUGCGCGUGAUGAGAGUUUGAUAAUUGAGCUUCUGGAUCUGAAGAUGGAUGUAGCAGACAGUGGUAGUGCAACCUGGUUUCUUCAAGACCUUGCCAAUGAACAAGAAGCUGAGGGAACUACAAUCACUGAGCAGUCAGCUGUGUUUGAGGUCCCUGGAUUGUGCUAUAGAAACAUGCCUGCUGUCAUCACCACCGCUGUUGGACAAAUGGCUGUUUCUAAGGGAAGACAAGGUAGGGAAGCACAGAACUUGGUUAAGGUUUACCUGGCAAACAUUCGCCUCAAGGGAGUUGGGACAGAUGUUCUGAUAACUGCGUAUGAGCCUCUAGUAAUUAACCCCAGGAGUGAGAGUGCUACCGCAGUCGGGGCAGGCAUGGCUGUACCUGCUGCACAGUCUGGAGUUAUGCCAAUGGCUGAAGUUUUUAAACAUGCAGUCUCUAGUUUCAAAGUGCACGACUGGAAUCUCUUUGUCUCUUCUGCUGCUUGAGUUGUAUAGUGAUUAGAGAAUUGGCAACCAGUCGCACACGUCGCGCAUCCCUUGGUUGAUUAUUGGUCCAUUUUCGAAGAGCUCUAUUUGUUAUUUUUUUAAUUUUUAUUUUUCGUGUUCCAUUAGUUGCUUAGAUGGUUCUUGUUUUAGUGGACUGAGGGAUGUAGAGAGUGGUUUGGUGCAGCAUUUCUGCUUUUCAACUUC